AUGAAUUUUUAUCAUUUGCGCUAUUUUUUAUCUGUUGCACAAACCGGGAGUUUUAGCCAGGCCGCGCGGGAGAUGCAUGUGACACAGCCAACGGUGAGCAGUGGUGUUGCUGAAUUGGAAAAAACGAUGGGUGUGAGGCUUUUUAAUCGGGGAGGCAAGCGCGUGGCGUUGACAAUGGAAGGGCGCACGCUGGUGAAUUAUGCGAUGCAGAUUCAGGAUUUGGUUGAAGAGGUAGAAGACAAUUUGCAGCGGCGCGAUGUGUUGCCGGGGGAGGGGUUUCAGUUUGGCGCGAUUGAUGCGGCUGUGACGUAUUUGUUGCCAGACAUUUUGAAGGAUUACAGGCGUGCUUAUCCCAAUGUUUCCCUGUCCGCACAGGUGGCGCCAUCGCGUUAUCUGGUAGAUGACCUGCUGAUGAAUCGCUCUGAGUUUGCGGUUAUCUCUUUGCCCUAUGAUCAUCCGCGUGUGGAGACGGUGUCGAUUUAUCGGGAUUCUAUGCCGCUUGUGGUGGGUGCUUCUCAUCCUUUUGCCGUGCGAGAAAGCGCGACUUUGCAAGAGGUGGUGCAAGAGCCGUUGAUCCUGUUUCACACCGAUUCCAUAUCGCGCAAAAUUGUGGAUGAGCGAUUUGCAGAAGCAGGCGUGUCUCCCCGGCGUGGUGAUGGAGAUGCGAAGUCCAGAGGCGAUGCGAAAGCUGGUGGAGGUCGGUGUUGGGAUUUCGUUUCUGCCUAUGCUAACUGUGCAGGAUUCUCUGGAUGCUGGGGCGUUAAAAAUGGUGGAUGUGGAGGGGGUGGCAUUUAG